AUGGGUUCUUUGGCUGAAUGGUUCUGGAAUGAUCAGAAUUGGCUUCCUGCUGGAGUGAAAUGGCAUGAUAUCAAAAGUAAUGCAACUAUCACAUAUCCUCAAAUCCACGAGUUAAGAUAUACCUUAUAUGGAGGCUUUUUAUUAUUAAUUCUUAGGGUUAUGGUUGAAUCGUUUGUAUUUGUUCCUAUAGGAUAUUUGGGCGGAUGGAUUGCCAACCCAUGCACCCGGAUUGUAGAACACGUGCGAGGAGGUUUUAUGGGAAAUUCAAAAUUCAAAAGAGUAGCUGAAUGUGGAUGGCGUCUCUGUUUUUAUGUAUUUGCCUUUACUUUAGGAUUUUAUGUCCUCUAUGAUACUCCUCAGUUCCAAGACGUCAAAGAAUGCUGGAGGGAUUGGCCAUACCAUCACCUUCCAGGAUCUGUGUGGUGGUAUUACAUCAUUGAAGCUUCUUUCUAUUGGUCACUCUUCUAUGGAACACUUUUCUUCGAUGUUCGUCGUGGAGACUUCUAUCAAAUGAUGCUGCAUCAUGCAGUAACCAUUGUACUUCUCUAUAUCAGUUGGUCGAUGAAUAUGGUCCGUAUUGGAACUCUGAUCCUUUUCAGUCAUGACGCCGCAGAUAUUUUCAUAGAAGGAACUAAAAUUGUCCGAUAUGCCGGAUGGAAAAUGAUUGUGAACUGCUCGUUUGUUAUUUUCCUGUUUGUUUGGAUAAGUACUCGCCUCGUGUACUAUCCUUUCUGGGUGCUGUGGUCUGUUUGGUUUGAUGCCCCGUCCCUUAUACAGACUGACUAUGAAUGGUCCAACAUAUCCCAGAGCCCUCACGUACCCCGUUUGCUAAUGGUCAUGCUUUCGACUUUGCUGGUUCUUCAUAUCUAUUGGACUUACCUUAUCCUUUUGGUGGCUUAUCGUUCUACAAAGGGCGCUGGAGUGGACGAUGUUAGAGAAGAUGAUAGCGAUUCUGAAGACGACGAUAAUAAAAAGGAGAACUGA